AUGGCGCUAAACUUAGUUGUUAAGAUACAUCCUGUAGUUUUAUUUCAAAUUGUAGAUGCUUAUGAGCGUCGAAACGCAGAUUCGCACCGUGUUAUCGGCACAUUGUUGGGCACGUCGGACAAAGGUGUAGUCGAAGUAACAAAUUGUUUCUGCGUGCCUCAUAAAGAACAUGCAGACCAGGUUGAAGCCGAACUUAACUAUGCGAUGGAUGUGUACGAGUUGAAUCGCAGAGUCAAUUCUUCUGAAAAUAUUGUUGGGUGGUGGGCCACGGGCAACGAGGUGACCAACCACUCGUCGGUGAUCCACGAGUACUACGCGCGCGAGUGCCGCGAGCCGGUGCACGUUACGCUGGACACGUCGCUGGCCGGCAGCCGCAUGGGGCUGCGCGGCUACGUGUGCGUGCCGCUCGGCGUGCCGCGGGGCAAGCAGGGCUGCAUGUUCACGCCCAUCGACGUGUCGCUCACCUGCUACGAGCCAGAGGUGGUCGGGCUGCAGCUGUGCCAGAAGACCAUGGGGCCCAACGGCCGCCCGCGCCAGGUGCAGCCCGCGCUGGACCUGGCGCAGGUGGCCGACGCGGCCGCGCAGCUGUCCGGCCUGCUCGACCAGGUGCUGCAGUACGUGGAGGAGGUGCUGUCGGGGCGCGCCAGCGGCCAUGCGGCGGCGGGGCGUGCGCUGCUGGAGCUUGCGCAGUCGCUGCCCAGCCUGGGCGCGCACUCCUUCGCCGACGCCUUCGCCUCCAGCGUCAAGGACCUGCUCAUGGUGGUCACGCUGGCGCAGCUCAUCAAGACGCAGCUGCAGCUCAACGAGAAGCUCACGCUGCUCACCUCGCAG